GAAAGAGAAGAGAGAGAGGUAUUAAGGGGGGUGGGGUUGGGAUUCUUCAGCUAAAGCUCUGCUGAAACUGGCCUCGUCUAUAUGCUGUAUUGGGCAGUUCCCAUACAUCAACAGAUCUUGGAGCUUCUCAGCUCCUCUCUCUUUUCUUGUUUGUUCGAGUCUUAGGGUUUUCCGCUUUUGUUCGUUUUCUUCUCUGUUGUUUGUUUAAUUCGGACAGUUUUUUUGUUGCGGGGAAGAAUUCUGGGUUUGAUGUUUCAAAACCCGAGUUUGUUUACGGAUUUUGGGUUUAACACAUCGUGCCGAGAAUUGUGUUGAAGUUUUAAGCAAAGUAGUGUUGAGUUAGAGAGACCAGUGAGAAAAAGAAAAAAAUGUGGGAUCUCAAUGACUCUCCUGAUCAGAGACCAGUGGACGAUGAAUCCGAAGGCUGCUCUUCGCAGAAGACCAACUCCGGCGACGGAGACGACGACAAGGGCAAGAGGGUCGGAUCCGUGUCCAAUUCCAGCUCAUCCGCCGUGGUCAUCGAGGACGGAUCAGACGUCGACGAAGACGCCUACCCCAACGCCAACAGGAAGCGCGGGAGCAAGAUAUUCGGGUUCUCCGUCACCGACGACGGCACUGAUCCACAGCCCGUGACCCGGCAGUUCUUCCCGAUGGACGAAUCCUCCGAAAUGGAACCCACACGGGCCGGCGGAGCUGUGGAAGCAGCGGCUGCUUCGCCUUCUUCUUCUUCUUUCCCGCGGGCCCACUGGGUCGGAGUCAAGUUCUGCCAGGCGGACUCGGGCGGGCCCGGAAAAGCAGCGGAGCCGUCGCCGCAGCAGCAGCAGCAGCAACAACAGCCGAUGAAGAAGAGCCGGCGUGGGCCCCGGUCGAGGAGCUCACAGUACAGAGGGGUGACGUUUUACCGGAGGACCGGCCGUUGGGAAUCCCAUAUAUGGGAUUGCGGGAAGCAAGUUUAUCUUGGUGGAUUCGACACAGCACAUGCAGCUGCUCGAGCUUAUGAUAGAGCGGCGAUCAAGUUCAGGGGAGUAGAGGCUGACAUAAAUUUUAACAUUGAAGACUAUGAAGAAGACUUGAAACAGAUGAGCAAUUUAACAAAGGAGGAAUUUGUGCAUGUACUUCGCCGACAAAGUACCGGGUUCCCUAGAGGUAGCUCGAAAUAUAGAGGAGUGACUUUGCACAAGUGUGGAAGAUGGGAGGCUCGGAUGGGCCAAUUUUUAGGCAAAAAGUACGUCUAUUUGGGAUUGUUUGAUACAGAGAUUGAUGCAGCAAGGGCCUAUGACAAAGCUGCAAUCAAGUGUAAUGGCAAAGAAGCUGUCACUAACUUUGAUCCCAGCAUUUAUGAGAGUGAGCUGAACUCAACUGAGCCUUCUAGUAUUAAUGCAGGAGAUCACAAUCUGGAUUUGAGUUUGGGAAAUUCAAAAUCGAAGAAGAAUAACCCGGCUUUUGGGACUGCACAAAAUCACACCCAUCAAAAUGCUGCAAUGGAACAACAAGAGCAGCCGUCUGCCUCUAUGCAAUUCGAAGCCGAUUGGAGGAACAAUCAAGGAUUUCGGCCCAAGCCUAGAGAGGAUAAUGACAUGCGUAGAAGAGAUGGGUACCUGGAGAAUGAAACCAUGCAGCUUCUGCUCCGUACAAACCUCCAAUCUCCAUCCCCGACUCAAAUGCACAAGUACGGGCAGUUUAAUCAGUUCCGAAACCCUGCUGGAGAGACGCCGGCACAAAUGCCUCACCAUUUUCCUCCACAUACUUUUAACCCACCAAAUUAUCAAAUUCAGUUUCCGAGCAGCAGCGAGGUCGGAGCGCGCAUUGGGAGUGAUCUCACACUGUCGAUGAGUGAUCGACAACAAUGGCAAUCGGGUCAUCCGUCCGAGUUAUUUUUAAAUGCUGCAGCAUCAUCAGGAUUCCCACCGCAAAUUAGACCACCUUCGCAAAAUUGCUGGCUGCAGAAAAAUAACGGGUUCCACUCUCUCGCUAGGCGCAGUUGAGAUCGAUAUUUGAACCACCCUUCUAACAUUUUUCUCUGCCUUUUUACCACAAAUCAUCAACAUUGUCCUAACUAGUUGAUCAAGCUAGCUAAAGUCCUUUAUUAUUAUGUAAGCGCUAAAUCUUGCACCAAAACGAUGUCGUUUGGUAGCAUGAAGGUAGAGAAAAAUAAAAAACGAGGAAAGGGAAAUUCCAAUUUUCUGGGGAAUAUUUGGUGAUUGGUCAAAGUCAAACUAACCAAAAUGGAAGAAAAUCUUGAGCUAGA